AUGGCUGGCGACGAGAUAGUGUUUACGCAAAUAAACUUGCAUCAUAGCAAAGGCGCCUCGACCGCACUGGUCAGGCGCAUGGCUAAGAUGCACACAGGCAUAUGCCUAAUACAAGAACCUUGGCUAGUCGCGGGGAGGAUCAGGGGUCUGGGGGGUGCUGGUCGGAUCUAUAGAGACCCCACGUGCAGCGUUCCCAGGGCGUACAUACUUGUUAAAGGUUUUGAUGAUCUGUUGCUGCCGGCUCGGUGCAACAGGGACCUCACGGCAAUAAAGAUCAAAUUCCCUGUUGGAGGGUGCUCUGAGAGGGAGGUUAUGGUGGCCUCUGGCUACUUCCUAUACGACUCUCAGGAAGAGCCCCCACCAAGGGAGGUACAAGAUCUAGUUGAACACUGCAGACAGCGAAGCAUUCCUCUUAUACUGGGAUGCGACGCUAAUGCUCAUCACAUAGUUUGGGACAGUUCGAAUACUAACGGCAGGGGCGACGCACUGCUGCAGUAUCUGGUAAAGACGAGUCUGUGUAUUAUGAACAGGGGCAGAGAAACUACCUUCUACAAUUCGGUUAGAAGUGAGGUGAUUGACCUAACUCUGUGUACAGUUAGAAUAGAGGGAUGGGUGGGCAGCUGGCGGGUAUCUAACGAACCUUCACUGUCCGACCACAGAUACAUUCAAUUCGAAUGGAAGGAAAGAUGCUCGGAAACAAGGGCCUUUAGGAAUCCCAGGAAAACAGACUGGGCGUUCUUUAGGGAAAACCUUAGGAACGAGCUUCAAUCCUUCAAACCAAGCUUUGGAACAACGGAUGAGCUUGAUCACUGGGCAUUUGAGCUAGGUGAGAUAGUAAACAUCUCUUUCCAGAGAAGCUGUCCCUUGACCAUCCCAAAGGGAACAUGGGGUACCCCAUGGUGGAACUGGGAGCUAGAGGAUCUGCGACGUGAAACGGGGAGAACGUUUAACAGGGCCAAGAAUACUCGUAAUAGUGUCGAUUGGAGGAUUCACAGAGAAGCCCAGAGGCUAUAUAAAAACUGCAUCAACGCGGUGAGAAUCAAGGGAUGGAGGGACUACUGCGAGGAUAUCGAGAGAUAUCCUGACGUGGUCAGACUCCUCCGGAUACUCGCGAAAAAUCCUGAGGUAUGGCUUGAAGCAAUCAGACUGCCUACAGGAGAAUACACAACCUCGGAAGAGGAGUAUUUAAAACUACUUCCGGAAGCCAACUUCCCGGGCUUUCGGCUCUCCCAUGAGAUGGGGGAUGAGAGCUCGGGUAGGAAUAGGCAGCAGAGGGCGGCAUGGGAUCUAGCGUCGAAGGUCGUCAUACCGGAAAAGGUCAAGUGGGCCAUAAGGAACUUUCAACCCUUCAAGGCGCCGGGCAUCGACGGAAUCUGCCCGGCAUUCCUUCAAGAGGGGCUGGAGGAACUGGUUGUCCCCUUAGUAAAGCUCUUCAGAGCAAGUGUAGCUUUGGCUCAUGUACCUGAAAUAUAG